AUGUCCGACUUUAACUCGGCACAUAGCUCGCCAGCACCUACAAUACAUCGGAAGAGACGCCGAGUUGACGACGACAUGGAGAUGUCGACCCCCAGAUAUGGCUCCGACGAGGACGACCUCAAAUACCGUUCUUCCACGCGCAAGUCACGAAGAGGGUCGGGCCAUCGCAGAUCACACUCUUCAGAUGGCAGUGCGGAUGAACUCGGCCAUGCAUAUCACAAGCGGAAUCGGAGCCGCUCGAGCAGUUUAGGAUACCAGCGCUCGUCACACUCCUACGAUGCGCUUUCUCCGCCCGCCUACAAACCUAUAAAGUUAAAAUACAAGACGAAAUUCAUUCUGAAGGGGCAUCGAAAAGGAGUAUCUCAAGUACGGUUCUCUCCCGAUGGACGUUGGAUUGCAAGCUGCUCUGCCGACGGCACAAUUAAGGUUUGGGAUGCGACGAAUGGGCAGCAUAUGCGGACUAUGGAGGGGCAUUUGGCUGGCGUGUCAACCAUAGCAUGGAGUCCUGAUUCCAAUACCAUUGCUUCUGGAUCGGAUGACAAGGCAAUCAGGUUGUGGAAUAGGGCCACGGGGAAGCCAUUUGCUGUUCCUCUCCUGGGACAUCACAACUACGUAUACUCGCUGGCAUUCUCACCUAAGGGAAAUAUGCUGGUCAGUGGGAGCUACGAUGAAGCUGUAUUUCUGUGGGAUCUACGAGCGAGGAGGCAGAUGAAGAGUCUACCAGCGCAUUCAGACCCAGUGGGAGGGGUGGAUUUCAUCAGAGAUGGUACCUUGGUUUGCAGUUGCUCUACUGAUGGACUAAUUCGUGUUUGGGACACCUCGACAGGUCAAUGCCUUCGGACUCUCGUACACGAAGACAAUCCCCCAGUCACCACCGUCCGCUUUGCACCCAAUGGAAAAUACAUUCUUGCUUGGACCUUGGACUCAUACGUGCGACUCUGGGACUACGUUUCGGGUACUUGCAAGAAAACGUACCAAGGCCAUGUCAAUACAAAGUUCUCCAUCGGUGGCGCGUUUGGAGUUAGUGGUUCAGAAGCCUUUGUUGUGUCCGGUAGCGAGGAUGGAAACCUCGUAUUCUGGGAUGUCAAAACCAAGGACAUCAUCCAGAAAGUCGGCGGGCACGAGGGCGUCGUUUGCUGGGUCGAUACAUCGCCGCAACCCAACGGCGCUGUGGUUAGCGGUGGCAUGGAUGGGACAGUGAGGAUAUGGGUGAAUGUGGAUGAGGACGAUUCGGAAAUUUUUCGAACCGAUGAUCAGAAACUGGGCGGAAGGCGUGAUGAUACCCCGAGGGACGAUGUUAGUGACGGUGCACAAAAUGUGCGAAGUCUUAUGGACGAGGAUUGA